AUGACAGAGUACAGUUGUACACCACGAGCGCGCCGCGGCACGACCACUUACCCCGACCGGCUGUUUUCCCGGCAGUUCCAGAGCCGUAUUUGUGCUGCCCACGCCCAACUCCCCACGUGCGGACAGGACAGACCGAUGGCAUACGAGCAUCCAAACCAGCAAUAUAACCACCAUGACCCCUUUGCAAACCAGCAAAGCACCUCCGGACCCCCUUAUGUCACGGACUCUGUCUAUCCCCCUUCUUCGGCACACACACUGCCCACAUAUGCCCACGCACACACCCACACCCACACCCAUCCCCAGUACUCGACCACCCACUAUGACUAUCCGGCCCACUCUCCCUCUGCGCCACACCCAUACGCACUCCCUACCACACACCCGGCACCGUACUACGACACCCCCCACCAGUACCAGCAACACCACACCCUCUAA